CUUACUAUAAACGUCAUACAUACAAAUUCGAUGAUUUCUCGCAGGUUUUAAUUAAUCCAAAAAAUCACGCGCGAUUUUGUUCAAAAAUUUAAAAAGCAUUGAGUUGGGUUGUCCGAGACACUCUCCCUCUCUAUUAUAAUAGAUAAGUCUUGUCAGUCAUUGUAAACAUUAAUCUCACGUGCAUCACACAGUUUAAUCAUUGAUUUAUCUUAAUCCGAAUUUUGAUAAUUAAGAGCGUGGAAUAGAUCUAUGAUACUUAAUAGAAGCCAUUAUCGUUAAGAACAGGAUCUACAGAAUGUAUUAAAGUGUCCCUGUCACCGAUUCCUUUGUUGAGGCAACAUCCGGUGAUCGGAGGAAGUUACCGUUGAAGUGCUUGAAAUUCAAAUGUCGGCGCUCACAUCCGAAUCGCGUUUACUCCACCGUACGACCCCAUCACAUACGCUAACAGCAGAUUAGAAAUGUCGAGGACAUCUUGUAAUCAUUGAGGCAAGACAUUUUUCUGGUAUAAAAAGACAGUACGAUCUCGACUGCAGCAUCAGUGCUCGAUCCUCCAGAAAUCGAGUAAUUAGAUUCAAGAACCCCGUGAACAUACAAGAUGCAUUCGAAGAACGUCUUCGUCUGCGCCAUUUUAAUAUUCGGAGCAGCAGCUUCCGACGUGGUGAAUAACGACAUCGAAAGUGCCGCGAGUAUCGGUUACGGAUUAGGUUCCGGAAUUGGAGGUUAUGGAGGAAGUUACGGAGGAUCUUACGGUGGCUACGGAGGUGGCGGACUGGGGUACGGUGCUGGAUUGGGACACGGUGGUUUGGGAUACGGAGGUGGUCUUGGGUAUAGUAGCGUCGGUUACGGAGGUGGUUUAGGAUAUGGAGGAGCUGGAAGUGGAAUUGGAUAUAAGGGUGGUCUUGGUUACGGGGGUAUUGGGCUAGGAUCUGGUAUUGGAUCUGGAUAUAUUAAGGGAGGAUAUGGUGGCUAUGGAGGUUAUGGAGGUUACGGAGGAGGUCUUGGAUACGGUGGAAGUGGAGGACUUGGUUAUGGCGGGGGAUACGGUGGUGGUCUUGGAUAUGGCGGUCACGGUUUAGGUUAUGGUGGCUAUGGAGGUGGUCAUGGUUUAGGUUUAGGUUAUGGUGGCUAUACCGACGGACUAGGUUAUGGCGGAUAUGGAGGUUACGGCGGAUAUGGCGGAUAUGGCGGAUAUGGCGGACAUGGUGGUGGUGCACUGGAAAGAAAUGGAUAUUCCAAAGGCGCAGCAGUUGCCAGCGAUGGCAAUUACCAGAAGGGUGCAGGGCAUAAAGGUCAAUCUAGCGGAAGGUUAGCCGAAGGUAUUUCCGCCGGACAGGCUGCUGAGAAUAACGCCAAGGGCGAGGCCGGCUAUUUUGCUAAUGCAGGUGGUGCAAAAAAUGGAUAUGAAAAUUCAAAAGCCUACGGUGGUAACAGCCAUUACGAUCAGUCCGGUGGUAAAGGGGGUCACGUUAAGAAUGCCUCUGGUCAUAAAAAGGGACACGUGACCAAAGGCUUUGAAACUUCUCAUCAUAAGGAUGAGACUGGCAAAACGACAACCUUCUACGACGAAGGUAACAACGAGGGUGACCAGUACAACUUUGGUGGCCAACAAGGACACUUUGGGGAUGCUGGUGGAAGUUCCUAUCACGGUGGCUUCCAGGACAAUAAAUAUAAUUCUGGUCAGAAUGCCCAGAAGGGACAGUACAACCGAGGCCUUUCCGCAGGAAAGGAAAAUGCUGAUAAGCUUGCUUAUGGCAAUCAAGUGCAUUAUGGAAAUAAUAAUCAAUAUGGCGAGCAGGGUGGUGCUGAUCGUCAAUCCGCCAGCGGGCACUCCGAGGGGAAUAAAUUCUACAAGCACUAUCCUCAUUACUAUUGAUACAAUCUGUAACAAUUAAGUAAAGCAAAUAGAGUGUUACAAGAUAUAAACAAUUGAAAUACGAAUCGCAUCGACUUGCGCGUCAUCUUAUAAAACUUCAAUAUACUUCGCAAUGGUGUCUUUCUACAAUUCUCCAUAUAUCUUUCUAUAUCGUAACUCAAGUGAUAUAUAGUGUCAAUGUUCAUUUAUCAAUGACACAUAUGUAAGUGUAAAUAUCUGCGAUAAAGAACAUAGUUUCUAAGAACUCUCGUGUCUUCAAGAUAUGCACUCAGAGUUGCAGUAAAGACACAAAGUAUUAUUGGUCAGAUAUUAGGAAGAAAUGUCUCUCUCUCCAGGAAGUAAAAUAGCUUAUAAUUAAACAGGAAGAUAUCUUAAUUGUAACACAAUUCAUCCCUUCGUCUCACUGAAUAUGCACAAAUAUUUAUAUAAUUAAUAUAUAUACUUGGUGAACAUAACCAAAUAAAACAGUCUCUUAUUUUUA